AAUUAGAAAAGAAGGGCCGAACGGCCCUGAAAACAGAAGAAGACGUGAGGUUAUGUUGUGAUGGAUUUUUGAGAUGUCAAUUUUAUAAAUUUAAAAUUUAAUUAAAAAUCAAAAGGGAUUUUAUUUUAUGUCUGAUAGUUACUGGUAUAUUAAAACUAUAAAAAAUAUUUUAAGUUUGAAAUGAAUAAUGUAUUUAUGUUCUAUAUUAAAAGGAAAACCAAAACACUUACAGAGAAGUUUUUACUCAGUGAAAAAAUUAAUUAAAGAUGAAGAUAACUUAGGCCGAAGACUUUAUCAACAAAUUAAAGUCAAAGGUCCUAUAACUGUAGCUGAUUAUAUGAAGGAAGUACUUACUAAUUCUACAAUGGGAUAUUACAUGCAUAAAGAUGUUUUUGGAGUCUCGGGUGAUUUUAUCACAUCUCCAGAAAUCACUCAGAUGUUUGGAGAAAUUGUAGCUGUUUGGUUAAUAAAUGAGUGGCAAAAAAUGGGGUCUCCAAAGCCGCUACAGAUAGUUGAACUGGGACCAGGAAGAGGAACUUUGGCCAGUGAUAUCCUGAGAGUGUUUAAUCAUUUUAAAGUACUAGAGCAAACACGCUUACAGCUUGUUGAGAUUAGUACAACGUUAAGUGAAAUUCAAGCUAAAAAGUUGUGUAAUCAAAAUAAUGUAAUCGAUGAGAAUCAGCCUAUCUACAGAACUGGUAUCACACAUGAAGGUAUUCCUGUUAAUUGGUAUAAGAACUUAUAUGAUAUACCAAAGUGCUUUACUCUUUUAAUAGCCCACGAAUUUUUUGAUGCUUUACCUAUUCACAAAUUCAUCAGAACAAAUAAGGGAUACAGAGAAGUCCUCAUAGAUAUUGAUCCUAGUUUUGUUGGAAAUGGCGAUAUUAAUGAGCCCAAAUUCAGAUAUGUGCUUUCUCGACAUGAAACUCCAAUGCAAAAGAAACUCAUAAGACCAAAUGAAAAUCGGGAACAUGUUGAAAUAUCUCCAGACAGUAUGAUGGUAUACGUAGAAAUUUGUGAACGAAUUAAAGAAUCAGGUGGUUUGGCGUUAAUUUGUGAUUAUGGUAAUUUGAGAUGCGCAACAGAUUCAUUUAGAGCAUUUAAGAAACACAAACAAGUGGAUCCCUUAGUCCAGCCUGGAUCCGCUGACUUGACAGCAGACGUAGAUUUCAGCGCUAUUAAAGAUGCUGCAGACGAAGUAAAAGGCAUCCUAACCUUUGGCCCUACUACCCAACGAGAGUUUCUUCUACAAACUGGUUUGGAGUUCAGAUUUAAAGUUCUGAAAGAUAAGAUAAACGAUGAAAAAAAUAUAAUCAAUUUAAACGAAUCUUACAAAACCUUAAUUGACGAAGAUAAAAUGGGAGAAAGAUUUAAAUUUAUGGCGCUCUUCCCCGAAACGAUGAAAAUAAUUUUCGAGCAUUACCCGGUUAUUGGAUUUUCUGCUAAGUGAAUAUAGUUGUACUUGUUAUUGAACGAUUUUAUGUAUAAAAUGAAAGUUGGUUCUUAAUUGAAUUGUAUCUGCAAUAUGUUUUAUACCUUUCUUUAAAAGAAUACUUUGAAUAAAUAUUCGUAUUGCGUUUUUUAAA